AUGAAAAAUAAAAAAGGGACAGCUAUUAUUUUCUGCAAAAUCAUUUAUGUUUUUUUUCUUUUGUUACCAACACAUGAGUUUAGAAUUUUAAAUAUUUAUGAAGUUAUUAGAAAAAAAUCAUUAAUAAAUUUUAGUGACUUAUUUUUUUAUUUUAUCAAUAACACCUACUCCAUAAGGUAG